CAACUCGCGUCAAUACCGGGCUACCAAGCCCAGCAGCACUAACACGUCAUCUCAUCCAGUUUGUUGCAGUUGAUAUAAAGAUUUAUGUUAAAGUUUGGCACACACAGGAAUUUUAAAUACGACUGACCGUAUGCCCUUAUGCAAUGUCGAGGAAAUGGCUCGUGAUUCAGACUCAAGUCACAAGGAUCCUUGCCUGAAUUUCUCUCCAGGGAUAAGCACAUUUUCCACGCAGCGAAAGACCCCCCUCGAUGUGUGGCGAACAUGGAUCCGUGGUUUAUAGUGGUCAUCAUCUGGAUGGCCUGGUUGGCCGAAGCCUGUGACUUCCCGGACUUCAUGCAGACACAAAACAGUACCCAGCCCUGGUACUCACAUGUCAGACACGACGGGGCCAGAUCAAGAGUCAUUGUUGUGCAGGGGGGCUCCAUUAGUAUCACAGACACUCUUCUGGCAACAGAGGAGCAGUGGAACUGUACUGUUGCCUUGAGGAACAAGUAUGUUGUGCAGAAGGACCAAGGGUCCAAUCAGAUGCUGUUUUCCUGCGUUAAGUUCUUCAAGAGAAGCAGGUCAAUAAUGCAGGUGGCAUGGUCGCAGUCUGGUAAAAAGUUAGACCCGGAACAUCUCUGCUCAGAUACGAGUCUUGUAACAGACCCGUGGCUACUGGUGGCAUUCCAUCUCUUAGAGUCCGAUUUCUCCCCUUGUUCUGUGUCAGGUGGCUUCAACAUGAAGAUCGAGGAUUCUGAUGGUAAAAGAAAUCCAUGCAAUUUGAUGGACCUCCCCAUGCGUCUGGAGAGUGACUGUCUGGCAGGGGAGGGCGUCACUUUCAACUACCGUUCCCAAAACUGCCUUCCUCUCGUGUCCAUGCGCACUGUCCAGGAAACGAUAUGCGUGGCCAGCUGGUCCACGUCGCGCAGCCACUUCUCCGUACUGAGGAAGCACAACGUUGACGACAUCUGGUGUCUGAGGAUUCCCCGACGGGAGCGGCACACCAUGCACGCCACCCUGUUCACCGACGUGGCCUGUGUAGACCCGGGCAGACACACGAAGGAAACUGUGUCAUAUCUGACUCUAUACUUGGAGCGAGUUGUGUACAACAAUCUAUGCGCUGACGAGUACCCUGAAUGUGCCGAUAUGCCGUGUAAUGGCUACACCCGCAGGCAGUGUAUGAAGACGUGCCGAGCCUGUGAUCCGCGGAGACCGGCGGCGAUAUGUUCAUUCCCCAGGAGUUAUCGAGGUUCAUUCACCCUUGUUGACAGAGAUGGGACUAAGGCUGUGGAAAUAAGUGAAUCUUUGAUGACUAUACAACAUGUCGGCACUUUUAAGUGUAUGGUAUUUAGUGGCAGCCCAUCCGCUUCCAACCAUAUCUACAGCACUGUGUCAAUUACUGAGAACGGCUGUCGGCCCAGGUACAACUGUGUGAAGCUGAAGGAACUCGGCCCCUCUGUGUUAGCCUACAGCCUCAGUCAGAGUCUUGUCUGGCCGAGCGUGGACUCCCAGCUUAGCGCAUCUGCAUGUGACAAAAGAAAGUUUACUGCUGAUUUAGAUCCAAUAUCCGACCUUUACAGAUCUCACUAUGACACAAAGAAGCCUAUAGUUGCGGAGUACCCGCGCCCAGUAAGUGUGGCUUGUAACCUGACAUCAGCCUACACCAUACAGGCCAUGUUUCAGGAUGGCCACAUCUGUCCAGGCAGCAUGUAUGAAGACUGCAAGGAGCAAAGUCGUCUCAGAAUGGAUUUUACUGAAUGCCUCUCAGCACCUUUGGUCAACGAGUAUAAGUGUAUAGCUGUGUUUGAAGGGCAAUAUUGGGAGAAAAUUGUGCUAAUUCAGAAUACCCUCGAUAAGAAUGAUGUUCGUUGUAUUGUGUUCAACCACCUAAAGAAGCGAGAGGCCCUUGUCAUGAGGGCUGCCGAGUGUGAUAAACUCAGCUGGAGAUUUGCUAAAAAUGAUGUGAGGAAAGCUCUAGUGACGCUUCAGAUCAGGCAAGAUAUGUUUCCGUGUAAGAACUUACCCAGCAUAGACAGGACUACGUCAGCCCGGAAAGGCCAAUUGUCCAAUGACAGUGUCUCUACGCUCGUCACUGUUGACCCCACCCCAGGCCCAAAUAACCCGUCCCGUCCACAGUCUGAUGACAGUUACCAGCAUGUAGACAGCGCACACGCUGCCGCCGGCAACCCCAAGUACGGUGGCAGCGACUUUAUCAUAGUGUUCGCUGUGUACUCAGGUCUUUGGUUGUUAUAAUGCAUUUAUACAUCAUUUCCCCGGUGAGAUACUCUAUGUCCGACAGCUAACAGAUUAAAUAUUUAUUCAUUAGCUGUUUCGUUAGCCUGUAAUACCACAUGGUGUUCUUUUCCCUGUAACAGUGUUUGAUAGUUUUACCUGAAUUCACGACGAUGCAUAUUAUAUCAUAAAAGUAUAUACUUGUGUCUCUACUAUAAUACACCAUGGUGUGGCCGUCUACUGUAACACGCCAUGGUGUGUCCGUCUAUUGUAAUGCACCAUGGGGUGUCCGUCUACUGUAAUACACCAUGAGUGGUGUACCGUGUGUAAUACAUGAAGAUGUCACGUGUUGCAUGCUCCGUGUGCCUGGGGCGGUGGGGUAGCCUAGUGAAUAAAGCGUUCGCUCGUCACGCCGCAGACCCGGGUUCAAUUUCCCACAAGCGCAGAAUUCCUGGUGUCCCCCCGCCGUGAUAUUUCCGGAUAAAGCGGUCUAUCAUCUCACUCACACACUCUGGAUUCCACAUUGCCAUACGCACCGCAGCCAUUAUUCUCAUUGUGAACAAAGCUUAUAGAUUUUUAGGUUAGGUGAGCUGCAGAGGCUUGUCGCUCUCUUCUAAUUUGUAAACGCCACUUUGUACCUGUCCACGUCCCCAACAACCCGAUCGCUGCUGGAGCUGCUUAAUUGCACCCAGUUGAUAAGGAAGACUUUACAUAAAAUCAGGAAGAAUGCUGUUAUAUUCUGUGAAAGUAUCUGAAGUUAUUACGUCUACAGCGUACAUGUUCAUAACGCUAUUACCUGUCUGUAUACCAAUACCAGCCUGUGACGCCUGGCGGCGGGUCACUGUAAACAUCAACAAUAUGGCCACUUUGGGCACUUACUUGUUAACUAGAAGAGAUUUUUGUUUGUACAUAGUUUCCUUCAACUGUCAUACUGAUGGUUUGAUUCAAGUUGUAUAUUUUGUAUGUGUGAAUAAUGAUUACGGAGCUCCUGUAUAUUUCGGUGUGACUUCGUGAUAUAGGUAACAAUUAGUUCAAUUACAUUUACUUCAUUU